AUGGGCCUGUUCAACAAGCGAAACACGACGCCUGUCGCUGCCGACACAACCACUGCGACUGGCUCGCACAGGGAAAAGAGACCAAGACGCCACUCCAAGUCUCACUCAUCGUCGUACAACUCCAGGCCAAGCUUUGGACAAUGGCUCAAGGCUACUUGGCUCGACAUCCUGACCAUGGCCGCCAUGGGUGCCAUUGGUCUGGGUGUCUACAUGGCCGACCCAGCCCCUAGCCGCAGCUUUCCCAUCGUCUUCCAGGAUGGCGAGAUUGUCUACCCAGAGUUUGCCUACCCCCUGCGCAACGAAAUCAUCCCCAUCUGGGCCGCCGCCCUCAUGGCCUUUUUCAUUCCCUUUGCCGUCUUUUUGAUCGUGCAGAUUCGCGCCCGCAGCUUCUGGGAUGUCAACAAUGCCACCAUCGGCCUUCUAUACUCUCUCAUUACCGCCGCAGUCUUCCAGGUCUUCAUCAAAUGGCUCAUUGGCGGUCUCCGCCCUCACUUCCUCGCCGUCUGCAAGCCCGUUAUCCCUGAAAACCUUCGCUCGAGCGUUGGCGCAGCCGACAACGGCAUCGAGUCUGGCAGCGGCAACGGCAACGUCGCCAAUGGAUACCGUCAAAUCAUGUUUGACAAGAGCAUCUGCACGGGUGAUAUGAACGAAAUCAACGAUUCUCUCGAGUCCAUGCCAUCGGGUCACACAACCGCUGCUUUUGCCGGUUUCGUCUUUCUCUACCUCUACCUCAACGCAAAGCUCAAGGUCUUCUCCAACCACCACCCCGCAAUGUGGAAGUUGGUCGCGCUCUACGCUCCCAUCCUCGGUGCUUGUCUCAUCGGUGGUGCCCUUACCAUUGACGAAUACCACAACUGGUACGACGUCCUCGCCGGAGCCGUAAUCGGCACCAUGAUGGCCUUCAGCGCCUACCGCAUGACCUACGCCUCCAUCUGGGACUUCCGCUUCAACCACAUCCCCCUCAUGCGCCACGCCCCCUUUGUCUACGGUGCUGGUCCCAGCUCCUUUGACGGCUUCCACGAUGCCGUCUUCACUCGCAAGGCCGGUUGGGGCACCCAUGAUGCAGGCAGCUGGGGUGGUGCGCCCUUUGACGCUGCUGAUGGUCCUAGGGGUACUAUGAUGCCUCAGGCUGAGGGUCCCGCUGGUUCCCACGUGAACAGGAAGCCUGUUGGUCAUGGCGCCAGUGUUGGCCAUGGUCAUGGUGCGAGGGGUGAGCAUAUGGUUUAG